AUGGAGGAGAUUGAAGUCCUGCGACGUCAGCUUCGAGAGGAACAAAGCCGACGCGAAGAGGCCGAAGAACUCGCCGCCUCGUCGCGGCCCCAAAACCUCUCUCAAUAUCUCGGUGCCUGCCAUUCCCUCCAGCUCGCCAUUGACGUUGUCACCAAAAAGUCCCUGACGACCCAAGGCGACACGACCAACCCAGUGGGCCGCAUCUAUCCCAAGCGCAUCACUCCGUGGGACGACUUUGCCGCGCGGCAGCAAGAAAUCUGGACCCUGCUCCACGCCAGCGACUCCUUUGUCGACAAGCUCACCCUCCCGUCGCUGCAUCAGCUGCAGUACGUCAGAUCGUUGCUCAAGCCCAUUCGCAGUGAGCUUGGCCUGCGCGACUUUGAACGUGACGUGGUGGAAAACGCCGUCCAGAAGCUCGUCGAAGGAGCGCACAAAGAUCCGCUACUUCGGCAGAGUCUUGGGCUAGCGGGCACUAUCACGUUUGAAAGCCACACCAACCUCGCCUCCGUGGAGGACGGUCUGUCCGAGCCUCUGCAGGACUUGCCCCCGGGCAGUGCUCUCGUCACGCCAAGGCCAUCGCGCGGGCCUCGUCGCUUGGCGAGGGGCAAGGGGGGCCAGGCGGAUCAGUUCUGCAUAUACAGGACCGGUGACGGCGUCGAGGUUCCGGCGCUCGCAAUCGAGUAUAAGGCGCCGCACAAGCUGACCGUCGACGAGCUCAUCACGGGCCUCGAGUUGGAGAUUCAGCUCGACCGCGACGUCAUCAACCAGGACGACCAGGAGGGCUUUGACCUUUCGGCCAGACGACUUGCCGCCGCCGUCGUCACCCAGCUCUUUUCCUACAUGAUUGGCAAGGGCAUCCAGUACGGCUACGUGUGCACGGGAGAGGCCUUUGUGUUUUUGCACAUUGCCGACGACCCCUCGACCGUCUACUGCUCUGUCUGCGUUCCGAAUCAAGACGUGGCCGACGACUACGACGACGAUGGCACGAGACUCCAGAGCACGGCCGUGGCCCAGGUCCUGGCCUUUGUCCUCCAGGCCCUCCGCACCCAGCAGCCACCCGAGACGUGGCAUGACGAGGCUGAGAUGCUGGGCACGUGGGCCAUUAAGUUUGACGACGUGCUGAGCAAGAUACCCCCCUCGGACCGCAAGUGCAAGACGCCCCGGGCCUCGCCCUUCAAGGCCCAACUCUGGAGGGGCUUUGACAGGUCGCCGGUUCACACUCGCUCCCGGACUCGCGCCCGGUGUAAACAACAGGACUCCGACGGCGUCGGACAGCCCAAGGACAAGGAUGAGCAUUCGCCGUCGUCGUCGACUCUCAAGCCGUCUUCUGGCCAUAGGACGGCGGGAGGAGGUGGCUCGGCGAGUGGCCGGAAACAAGGAGGACAGCGAGGCAAGCAGCAGCAGAAACAGCAGCAAGUUCAACAGCAACACCGACAGCUACAAGGUCAGAAACAGCACCAACCGUCGCCCCCAGCGCUUAAGCCCAGCAUCAACACCCGCCCAUUCUGCACCUCGGCCUGUCUCCUCGGCCUGGCGCACGGCCGGCCCACCGACAGCAAGUGCCCCAACGCCCAAGACCACGGCCCGGCCCACAUCAGCCCGCCCGAGUUCCUCCAGCUAGUCCGGCACCAGCUCGCCACGGAUCGCGGCCGCGACUCCGACUGUACGCCGCUCCACCUCUCCGGGUCGCGCGGGUCCCUCUUCAAGGUCCGCCUGUCGUCCCACGGCUACACGCUCGUCGCCAAGGGGGUCGAGGGUCUUGACUUCGCCUGUCUGCAGCGCGAGCAGGAUAUAUACGACCGCCUACGGCCCAUCCAGGGCAAGCACAUACCUGUGUGUCUCGGCACGAUAGACUUGGUGUUGCCGUACUACUACAACUGCGGCGUCUACGUGCAUUUUAUGUUCCUCAGCUGGGCUGGACAGCCGCUACAUCGCUCCCCCGAGCAGCUCGCCAAGAUGGACGUGGACACAGCCGUCGGCACCAUCUUCAAGGCGCUGCACCGGCUUCAUGUCCUUCACCGCGACGCCGAGCCGCGAAACAUGGUGUAUAACGCCGAGACGGGCAGGCUUAUGGUCAUUGACUUUGAGCGCUCCGAGUACCUUGGGCGCCAGCCUUUGGGGUCUGUCGUAGCCAACGCGCAGGGCUGCAAGAGGACUUGUGCGGGGCUGGAGAAACCGAAGCAGCAGAGGGACGACUUUGCGAGGGAGCUGGCCUCUGUCGUGAGAAGCACCGCGCGCUACGUCGCCGACUUGGCUCGCGAGCAGCAGCGGGCGUUGCUACGACGUUGA